AUGUUGAAGAAGAAGAUCACAAGGGCUCUCAAGUCGUUUCUGAUAUAUGAAACACCAAAAUUGGUUGAAAUAAACAACUGGAAGAUAGGCCUUACACAACGCCUUUUGCAGCUCAUUAUUGCCAUAUACGUUGUUUGGUAUGUUGACCUUAUCUACUCAAAUUGUUAUACCAACUAUGGUUGGGUGAUAAUAUACGAAAAGGGAUACCAAGUUAAUGAUACCGCCAUGUUCUCUGUUACCACAAAAGUAAAAGGAAUAAUGAUUAUCAAGUAUCCUUCGGACGACAAUGAGAUACCUCAGGUUGCUGACGCGGCGGACAUAGUCUAUCCACAACUUGAAAAUAAUGCUUUUUUUAUCAUGACGAAUCGCAUAAAAACAAUAGGACAGCAAGCAACAUCAUGCCUAGAGGUAAUAUCAGCCAAUAUUAGUCUAUUUGAAGGUGUAAAGACCGGAAAAUGCUUAAAACAACCUUCAGGUUCUGGUUCCUGUGAAAUAUAUGCGUGGUGUCCAUUAGAAAAUGAUACACACCUUCUCGAAAAUGGACAGCGAACAUUAGAUUUCAUCCGGAAUUAUACCAUCUACAUAAAGAACAACAUCGAGUUUCCAAAAUUUCACGUCAAGAGACAAAAUCGUGAUGCGUGGGUUUCAAAUGCGAGUCUUGGGUCAUGCAGAUAUAAUCCCGACCAUCCCAUCGACAAAUACUGUCCAAUUUUUAAGAUGUCAACCAUCUUUGAUCAAACCGGUGUGGACGUGAACACGAUUUUUAAGGGCGGAAUACUGGGAAUAGUCAUUAACUGGGACUGUGACCUUGAUUAUGGAAUCCAAAGCUGCAAUCCUCAGUAUUCCUUUACAAAUCUAGAGGAUUCUGAUGACAGAUUUGGCGGAUUCAAUUUUCGAUAUGCAAUUUAUUACAGAGAGGGUGGCGUACUCCACAGGGAUCUUAUCAAGGCAUUUGGUAUAAGAUUUAAUAUCUUUGUGCACGCCACUGCAGGAAAAUUUAACAUCAUUCCACUGUUUUUAAAUUUGGGAUCAGGACUUGCACUGCUGAGCCUGAAAAUUAUCGGCAUCCGUCCCUUCCGUUAUCUUGACCUACACGGAGCCGCCGCUCUGGUUGAACGAAUGGAGGAGUUUCGUCACCAGUUAGGAGACUACUUUCAGCCCUGUGAUCUACUGCUUGCGCACGCUAAGGACCCCUCGAAGAAAUUCCACCCCACGGCUUAG